AAGAAGAAGUUCAAAGUUCACGGGUUACCCUCGUGUGCUGGUUUGUGACAGAAAACCAGAAAACAACUCACCAAAAAACAGAUUUAAACACAUUUUCUAAAGGAGACAGUUCGCUGAAUAAUAAGGUUGGCAUGGCCUCCUACACCUGCAUCAGCUGCCGUGUGGCGUUCUCAGAUGGCGAGGUGCAGCGAGCGCACUACAAAACCGACUGGCACCGCUACAACCUGAAGCGCAAGGUGGCUGACAUGCCCCCGAUCACUGCUGAGAACUUUCAGGAGCGCGUGCUGGCACAGCGAGUGGCCGCUGAGCAGCAGCUGAGUGACACAGCGGCCACCGAGGGCUGUGCGGUCUGCAACAAAAGGUUCUCCAGCACCAAUGCCUACCAGAACCACCUGCAGUCCCACAAACACCAGCAGGCAGAGAAGCAGGCCGUGCUCGCCGCCCAGAAGAAAGUGGAGAAGAUGAACGAGAAGAACCUGGAGAAGGGGCUCGGCGAUGAGAAGGUGGAUCACGACGCCAGGAACGAGGCCCUGCAGCAGGCGCUGAAAGAGCAGCAGAGGAUGCCACAAGCACCGAGCAGGCAGAAGGUGGAGAAGAUGGAGAAACCUCCCAGGAUGAUGUGGCUGGAAGAACAAGCCAAGAGGCGCGAGAAAGAAGAGGGAGCUACAGCUGUGGAAGAAGAGUGGGAGGAUGUUGAGGUGGAGGAAGACGAUGAGAUGGAGGAGGAGGAGGAGGAGGAUGAAGAGGAGACGAUGGAUCAGGAGGAAGGAGACUCUGCGGCUGCAUCGCUGCCCGCUGCUCUGCCUGGCUCAAUCCCCGUCACUGACUGCCUCUUCUGCUCCCACCACUCCAAGUCUCUCAUGAAGAACGUCGCCCACAUGACCAAAGUGCACAGCUUCUUCAUCCCCGACGUGGAGUUCCUCGUCGACGUCAAGGGCCUGGUCCGCUACCUCGGAGAGAAAGUUGGUGCUGGAAACGUUUGUUUAUGGUGUAACGAGAAAGGUCGUUCGUUCUACUCGGCAGAGGCGGUUCAGAGUCACAUGACAGACAAAAGCCACUGUAAACUGUUCACAGACGGAGAUGCUGCGCUGGAGUUUGCAGACUUCUACGACUUCAGGAGCAGCUACCCAGACAGGCAGGAGGGAGAGGAUGCUGAGAUGGACGAGGAAGAGCUGCCUGAUGACAAGAACCUGGAGUACGAUGACGACACGCUGGAGCUGACUCUCCCUUCAGGUGCGAGGAUCGGUCACCGAUCCCUCAUGAGGUACUACAAACAGCGGUUCGGAGCUCAGAGAGCAGUGGUGCUGAGCCACAACAGGAACGCUGUUGGCAGAGUCCUGCGGCAAUAUAAAGCUCUGGGCUGGGGAGGAGACGGAGGAAACGGCGCCUUUGGUCAGAAACAGCGAGACAUGCAGUAUGUUCAAAUGAUGAAGUCUAAGUGGAUGCUGAAGAUGGGCAUGAGCCACAACGCCACCAGGCAGAAGCACUUCAGGGCCCAAGUCAUGUUCUAGAGGAAACCAAACGUGGUGACGUGGACUGGAGGAUUUUAAACAGUGAACAUCUCUGCUGUUUUCCAGCCAACAAGACUUUCAGUACAGAAUCGAGUUCAGCUGCUAAAAAUGGUGUUUGACAGAAAAUCAAACAUGAAGGCCAGAAUGAAUAGUGGGGAGAAAACUUUACUAACUUUACUUAUUUGAAUUGUCACAUGAGGAUCAGUUAAUUUUUUCAGUUUUCUCAAAUGUCCAACUCUGUCAUCUCUCUGUUGUUAUGAUUUGUGGCUCUGUCGUCUCAACUUCACUGCCAAAACUUGUGUGGAGAUCAAGAGCAUAAUUACAUUUAUGAAAUUAUUUUUGAAACAGCAGAUCAAUAUUAUGCACAUGGUUUUACUAUUUUAGACACUUCUCAGUUGCAUAACUCCUUUUUUUUCACUAACAGGAUAAUAUCUUUAUAAUUCAGUGUGCUCAUAAUACAUCAAACCAAAUAAAUGUUUCAUAUUUAUUGGA